GAAUUUUUUUAUAAGCUGUGGGACCCACUCCAAUUUUAAGUCACUAUAAUGAGUAAUGGGUCACUGUUUUUUUUUUUUUCUUUUCAUUCUCUCUCGGUCUGUUCCUCUCUGCCGCAUGCUUCUCUUUCCUUUUCUUUUUUUUUCUUCUACACAAUUAAGCUUGAUUAAUCUUCAACUACUUGGUAAUUUUAAGUACCAUUUACGGCAAAUUGAAGGUCACGACGAGAUCUUCAAAUUCAUAUCAGCAAUUUCAGCUUUUGACCACUCUAGGAAGUCUGAAAAUUGAGACCCAUUUUGAGGGGUUGAGGUGAAAAUUGGGGCUUUUGGCUUAAAUUGAGAACGAUGUCACGGCGUGAGGAACACAGGAAAGUUGGCCCUAGGCCAACAAGAAGUAAUGUUGGCGAGAGCUCUAGCUCCAAUCCGGCAGAGCCAGUUGAUGAGGACACACUUCUUAGGGAUUUGAUUACCCCAAGAGUUGUUCCUACAAGGAGGGAUAAUGUGGAAGCACCCGUUAAAGAGGGUGAAAGUUCGGCAGAACUUGCAUUGAACCGUUUGUUACAGAGAGCCUUGAGGGCUACAAUUGCUACACAUCCACAGCCGAUACCGCAACCAGUACCACAACCGGUAGUUCAGGUAGAGGAGACGCUAGCACAAAAACGUCUCAAGAUUAUUAAAGGGUUUUCUCAGUUGAUGCCGGUAAUGUUCGAAGGUGGUGCGGAUCCAAUGGAAGCGGAUGACUAUAUGGAUCAAGUUGAAACUCAAUUGACUUCUAUAGAUGUGACGAAUGAUCACUUGAAAAUCAUCUUAGCCACUUAAAAGUUUUCAAAGCAUGCCAAGUUUUGCUGGAAG